AUGGUUAAACUACUGAAUUUAAUAAUCAUUAGUUACUUUGGAUUAUGUUUUGGAAAAAGUGAUGUUACUAUAGUCGAUAAGUCUAACGUCUUUUUGAGCAGGAGAAAACGUUUUUUAAUGUUUCCCCCUGGAAGCAAUAUGGCGAUUUCCACAGCUGGAGUAGCGGCAUUAUUGAGAUCUCAACCGACAGGAAUCAAUGUUCUUGGAGAGAUGGACUGUCCGUUUGCUUUACCAAGCGAUACAAGAAUAUUACGACGAUCUAAUUGGAUCAAACGACAUAAAAGGGAAAUAUAUUCUACACUGAAAGAAGCGUUAACAAUAAAUGGAUUUAAUGGAACAGCGUGUGUAUCAAAAAUGAUUUGCGAUGCUAAAAAAUAUGUGCCAAUGAAAGGAAAAUCUAUGAUCAAAGAUAUUCUCUUGCUGGUUUUCGAUUACUCCGAAGAAGACUUCAAUAAUGAAGAACUAUGUUCAGAAAAUCUAGAAAAAAAUUGUCCAAUGUCCAUUAUGGAACACGUUUUAGAAGAAGUUACAUCAUUAAACGAUUGA